UUUAAUGGGGAGUUAGAAUACAGGUGUAGGCUAAGUAAAUCAAUGGACAGCCUCGGUCCUUUUGAAAAUACCAGUGUAAGUGAAGAUCCAAUUAUAAAUGAUAUGGAUAAAGACAUUUUAAAUUGUAAUGACAAGUCUAAUUACAGUAAUGUUGAUCAUUUAGUCAGCGACAGAUACAUUCGGAAUUUCAUAUCUGCUGACACUUUUUUCGUUAGGGAUAGUAAUAGGGACAGCUAUUCCAUAUAUUUUGAUAUUGAAAAUAAAAAUUUUGAUAUUGACAACGACCGUUCUUUUCUAAGUGAACUAAAAAGCUCUUUUUAUAGUUAUCAGACUUCUAGUUAUAUAAAUAAUGCACCUAAAAGUAACGAUACUCGCCACGAUCGUUACGUGUAUGAUACUAAUUCUCAUUAUAUUUGGAAUAAUCACAUUAAUAGUUGCAUUGACAGUUAUCUUCGUUCUCAAAUUUGUAUUGAUAGUUAUAUUUUAAGCAAUAGUGACAAUUACAGUGACAGCUACAUUUAUAGUUACAUUUGUAGCGAAAGCGUAAAUAGUAGUAAAAGCGAGAGUUCCAGUAUAAAAACUAGCACAGAUGGUAGUGAUUUUACUAUAAGUUCUAAUAAUUUAAAUGUAACUCAAAAAUACAGGCAUUUGUGGAUUCAAUGCGAAAAUUGUUAUGGAUUAAAUUAUAAAAAAUUUUUAAAAUUAAAAAUGAAUAUUUGUGAACAGUGUGGAUGUCAUUUGAAAAUGAGUAGUUUCGAUAGAAUCGAACUUUCGAUUGAUCCCGGUACUUGGGAUCCUAUGAACGAAGACAUGGUCUCUCUGGAUCCCAUUGAAUUUCAUUCGGAGGAGGAACCUUAUAAAAAUCGUAUUGAUUCUUAUCAAAAAAAUACAGGAUUAACUGAGGCCGUUCAAACAGGCACAGGCCAACUAAAUGGUAUUCCCGUAGCAAUUGGAGUUAUGGAUUUUCAGUUUAUGGGGGGUAGUAUGGGAUCUGUAGUGGGCGAAAAAAUCACACGUUUGGCCGAGUAUGCUACCAAUCAAUUUUUACCUCUUAUUAUAGUGUGUGCUUCCGGAGGAGCACGCAUGCAAGAAGGAAGUUUGAGCUUGAUGCAAAUGGCUAAAAUAUCUUCUGCUUUAUAUGAUUAUCAAUCAAAUAAAAAGUUAUUUUAUGUAUCAAUCCUUACAUCCCCUACCACAGGUGGGGUGACGGCCAGUUUUGGUAUGUUGGGAGAUAUCAUUAUUGCCGAACCCAAUGCUUACAUUGCAUUUGCGGGUAAAAGAGUAAUUGAACAAACAUUGAAUAAGACAGUACCUGAGGAUUCACAAGUGGCUGAAUAUUUAUUCCAUAAAGGCUUAUUCGAUCCAAUCGUACCACGUAAUCCUUUAAAGGGCGUUCUGGGUGAGUUAUUUCGACUACAUGCUUUCUUUCCUUUGAAUCAAAAUUAGAUCAAGUAGGGCCUUAGAGUCUUAAUUUAAUAAGAGUAUUAAUUUAUUAAAACUUAAUAAAAUUUUUUAUGUGUGGUGAUCAAGUAGUUAUUUAAUUUAUAGGAAUCAAGGUAAAAAUACGAAGAAUGGAUUUUUUCUUUGGUAACAUAAGAUUUAAUUGUAGAAAGAAUCAUCCAGAUCAUCUUUUUAUCGAUAUUCCUGGUUACUAACCAGGAAAUCCCUAUUAAACAAAAUAAAAGAGUGAAUUCUUUCUUCCGUGAAAUUGGUUAACAGGGUCUUGCAUCUUUCUAUAUCUCCCCAAAAUCACCCCCCCCCCCCCCUAAAAAUCCUUUUUGUGGGGUCGUAUUAUUAUAAUGAAUUCUUUGAGAAUUUGUAAUAAAUCCUUUCUUUAGUAAAUUUUAAAAAAUUAUUAAAUUUA